AUGGAUCCCAUCAAGUAUCUUUUUGAGAAACCCGCGUUGAUGGGCAGAUUGGCACGUUGGUUAUUGCUCUUAGCGGAGUUCAACAUUGUGUAUAUCACCCAGAAGUCCAUCAAGGGUAGUGUCAUCGCUGAACACCUAUCCACACAUCCAGUUGUUGAUACAAGGCCUUUGAAUGACAUAUUUCUAGAUGAAGAUGUAGUUUCUAUUGAGGUUGAAGAUGAGGUUGGCAUUUGGAAAACUUUCUUUGAUGGAGCCGCCAAUCACAAAGAUUGUGGAGCUGGAGUUCUACUUAUAACUCCUGAAAGGUUGAACAUGCCCAUGGCAUAUAGGUUGGACUUUGAGUGCACCAACAACAUGGUCGAGUAUAAAGCUUGCCUCAUGGGAUUGAAAGCAGCCAUCUCUAUUGGGGUCAAAAGAUUGGAAGUAUACGGAGAUUCGUCGAUUGUCAUAUACCAAGUCCAAGGUAAGUGGAAAACAAAGGAGGAAAAGUUAAAACCAUACCAAGGGUGUGUAGAGUCUCUAAUGAAGCAGUUCACAGAAAUUACUUUUGACUAUUUCCAGAGGGACAAUAACAGGUUUGUUGAUGCUUUGGCUACUCUCGCAUCGAUGGUUGAUUUUGGUCCUGGUGAGCAAAUACAACCAUUCAUUAUAGAUCGGAGAGAUCAUCCUUCACAUCAAGGCUUCGUCAAUGCCCUGACAGUAGAUGGUAGGCCUUGGUUUGCCCAUAUUGUGGAUUUUAUCAGAGAGGGGAAGUACCCUGCAGAUGCUACCCAAGGAGAUAAAAGGUUCCUGAGGCGUUAUGCCACCCAAUUCAUAUUACACGAAGAUAUUUUAUACAAACGAUCUUUUGAUGGUGUACAACUGGUGUGCGUGGAUGAAGAUCAAUCACAAACAAUCUUGGAGCAAGUACAUCAGGGAAUUUGUGGCCCUCACAUGAAUGCCUGUAUGUUGGCUAAGAAAAUUCUCCACUUAGGGUAUUUUUGGAAUACACUAGAAGCCGAUUGUAUAGAAUUUGUGAAGAAGUGCCAUCAAUGUCAGAUUUUUUCCAUCCACAUCCAUGUGCCCCCAACAGAAUUGCACACGCUGAGUUCUCCGUGGCCUUUUUCCACUUGGGGUAUCGAUGUGAACGGAAAAAUUAACCCCAAAGCUUCGAACGGGCAUGAGUUUGUGUUGGAAGCUAUUGAAUACUUCACCAAAUGGGUAGAGACUCAGUCAUACGCAAAACUCACAGCAGCAAAGGUAGCAAAAUUUUUGCAAGAACAUAUCAUUUGCUGA